GUCGAAAUGCAAAACCAGCUGAGGCGGAACUUUUCGCUGCUUUUACUACUGAUACUACAAGUGACCUUGGCGAGGUGCAGGUCUGGAGAAGAUUCGCAUAUUCGGGUGAAACGGAUUGUUGGCGGCAAGCAAUCGAAGGCCCCACCGGUCGAUGAUCCCGUGGUUUUCGCCAGGCUCUUUAAUCGCGAUGCCCGUGUCGAGGGCUUCCGGAAUCCCAAUACGGGUAUCUACAGUUUCCUGGGCAUGCAUUAUGCGGAGCCACCCGUGGGCCCCCUGAGAUACUCCCGACCGGUGUACAAGAGACUCGGAGGAGACUUCAAUGCCACCCGGCAUGGUCCACCCUGCAUUCAGCCACAUCCGCAGAAUCCCCAGAGAAUUAUCGGAGAUGAGAACUGCCUGCUGCUCAACGUGUAUACCCCGCAGAUGCCGGAUGAGAGUACGGGUGUGCCGGUGUUCGUGUGGAUCCAUCCGGGUGGCUAUCGAUAUGGCUCCGCUGCCCAGUACGAUGCCACGCCCAUGGCUCAAAGGGGUGCCAUUGUGGUGGCUCCCCAAUAUCGCCUGGGAUCUCUGGGAAUCAUGGGUGAUGGCACCAAGCAGUUCGAUGGUAACCUAGCCAUGUUCGAUCUGGCUGCUGCGCUCCGUUGGGUCACCGAUUAUAUCUCCUAUUUCGGAGGUGAUCCCAAGAAGAUUCAGGCCAUUGGUCACGGCUCAGGAGCAGCUAGUGCCAUGUACCUUUCGAUGUCGCCGACGGCAAAGAGUGCUAGUGAUGUUCACGGAGUGGUGGCCAUGUCGGGAACUGCCCUAUCACAAUACGCCAUGGAUAACGAUCCCGUUCAGAGUGUCCAGGAGGUGGCCACUAUUAAUGGUUGUCCCACUGGCAAUGAACUGGAGAUUGUCAACUGCAUGAGAGGAAAAAGCGCCGAAGAGAUCAUUCGGAAUGAUGACAAGGUUCAAACUGAACGUUUAGCAGGACGAGCCCUGGUAAAAGGACUCACGGGAAAUGUUGGCUUCCAGCCGCACAUCGAAAGCGAGGACGAUGGCCGAGCUUUGCCAAGCCUCAUAGUUGGUGAACCGGAAGAGCAGCUGAAGAACAACAAUUUCUCGGGGAUUCCCCUGCUCACAGGUGUGACGAAACACGAGACAAGCAACUCCGUGACGGUGGAGAAUAUUGAGAAAGUAUUUGGCUCUGCGGAACAGUUCCUGGGCUCUCUCAGUGAUUCUUUGAAUAAGUUGACUAGUUUCUUAAGGAUCGACAAGUUAACCGGGGAGAUUGCCAAGCCGAAACUUCCGGGACUAACGAGUGUUUUAACGCCCACACUUAAGGACGUCUGGAAGGUGCCUCAGACCCUGAAUGUGGAUCAGGUUCUGUCUAAGGUGGUGGAGUCCACCACGGAUGUUCUGUUCAAUUUACCAGCAGUUCUAACCACUCAGGUUUGGUCAAAGCUCGCUCCAGCUUUUAUGUACAGCUUUGAUUACAAUGGAACCAAGUCAAAGGGAAUUAAUUUCCUGAGAGGCUUACCCAUUGUCUCGGAAACAGCCAACGAUAAACCGGAGACAGUGGGUCAUGGCGAUGAACUUGGUUAUAUGUUCGAUGCUAAUGAUAUUUUUGGCAAUCCCAUGGAGGAGACCCGCCUGACGAGCUCCGAGGAUCUCCAGGUCCGGGAUAACCUCAUUGAUAUUCUGGUUCAGUUUGCCAAUAGAGGCAGUAAUAAGGAUGACAAGAGUUCGUCACUAUUUCAGAGUGUGACUGGAAAGGCCACGCCAUUCAUAAAGAUCCACUCCAAAGUGGAGACCUCCAAUGAUUUCCGCUUCUGCGAACUGUCCGUUCUGGGUGCCUCACUUUCCCCCUUGACCUCCACAAGUUGUGCGGGAUUGGGUAAUCUCUUGGGACAGCUGGGCGGAGGAUUGGGUCAAACAUUGGGCGGAGUGGGCAACACCCUGGGAUUGGGUGGUCUUGCUGGAACUGGCGGUGGCGGCGGCAACAGAGGCAAGAAACCAGGCGGUCUCGGACUGGGAAUUUUGUAGGGGAAAUGUUUAUGCGGAGAAAAGUAUAAAAUAUCUGUUAAUGAGAUAUUGAAAAAAAGCAAUAAAGUGUUAAAAAUACAGAGAUAAAGUGUUUA